AAACGCACAUUCUCUAAACUAAACAAAGAAAAGAACAAAAACAAUGAAGAAGCUCUCUCUUUUCGCUUUCUUCUUCACUCUUUUGUUCCUUUCCUCUUCGGCUUUCGAUUCCGACGAGCUUCUCCUCGACGACGAGGAGUUCGGCAUUGAAGGCAGGGCCCAGCCCGCCCAGCCUCAGGUCAAGCCCCAUGAGCUGGCCACCACUCGAUCCACCACCACCACUACCCGGAAACGAUUGUCCGAUUCGGAUUCGGACUCCAAGAUUCAAUUCUCUCUUGAACAUGCUUUCGGUGACUCCGAUUUCACACCUGCUGGUACUUUCUCUGCUCGCCUCAAGACUGCCAGCCACGGUGGCCAGAAGCUUACAAAGCUGCGGAUUUCAAGAAAUCAGUUUUUAGGAGUGGAGAAGGAGAAAUUUGAAAAACUGCUGCAAGAUGAUGACUUCUAUAGGAUAAGAUUACCAUCCAAUCCUUUAAGCCCUCCUGGUAGGGAUUACAUUAUUUCUUCUGUGAAAGCAAGAUGUCUUCCACAGGAGGGUUUGGAUGAGCAUUUUGUUAUACACAUGGAAGGUGCUAAUAUCUUGGCUGUCAAUUAUGGUGCCUUUGGGGCUUGCUCAUAUCCUCGGCAAUUGAAACUUCCUGCAAAGUGGUCCUUUAACUCACACACAGUACUGAAGAAUCCUGAGCAGGCACAAAGAGCUCCUAUAUUUGCCGAAGAUAUACUUGGUGGGGAGAACGUAGAGGGUGAAGUCCUACCUCCACCUGAAAGGUCUUUCUGGGCUAAAUAUUGGAUGUACCUGAUUCCCCUUGGACUCAUAGUCAUGAAUGCCAUAACACAAGCCAUGAAUCUGCCUGAGGAACAGGCUGCAGGUCAGUCAGGUGGCCAGGGACAGCAGCCAGCAGCUGCGAUCCAACGUGGGGCAAGUUCCGCUGUGAGAAGAAGAUGAUAGGUUUGCUCACAUGUAUCAUUUCGGAUAUAACCAUUAGUUAACCCAGGAAAGAUCAACCGAUUUUAAGAUAUUAUAUGACCAAAUAGAUGGGAUUAUAGAUAGAUUCAUGUGUUGUAAAUCUCUGAGUGAUUGAUCGCAUUUUCGAACAGAAUCAAAUGCCAUAAGAUAUUGUGUUCAAUACUUUCUCAUGAGCAAAGCUCUGGAAAAUUUCCAGAAUUUUGAUGUUUGAUGUAAUUCUGAUUCCUGGUUGAAAUGGUUUAAGCCCGUCUUUGUUUUAUUCUUU